AGUUUUGAAGGAAGAAGAGGAAAAUCAAAAUACAAUGAGCUCAGCAGUCUUCCUUACAAACACUCAAACUCAUUUAGGUCAAUUCUCUCUCUUUCACCAAGCUAAGGCUCUCCUUACUAAACCCUUAUCUGCAUCUCCUCUCUCCAAAUCCCGCUGUUCUUUCUCCAUUAAAGCUGCUAAGAUGGAAGGAGAUGAAAUUACGGAGACAGGGGAAGUAAAUGUGAAUGAGAAGAAGAAAAUCUUCGUUGCUGGGGCUACUGGGAAUACCGGAAAAAGGAUUGUUGAUCAGCUCCUGCUCAAGGGUUUUGCAGUGAAGGCUGGGGUUCGUGACAUAGAGAAGGCCAAGACUAGUCUUUCUAACAAUCCGGACUUGCAAUUUGUAAAAGCCGAUGUAACAGAGGGUCAGGAUAAGCUGGCUGAAGCUAUAGGUAAUGAUGCUGAAGCUGUGAUUUGUGCUACUGGUUUUCGACCUUCAUGGGAUCUAUUUACUCCAUGGAAGGUAAGUCAUAAGUUUGGAAUAUAUGGUUUGAAAAAAUAA